AUGGUGAAAUUAGCCAAAGAUAGUUUACCUCCAGAGUUAUUUCAAAUUGCAGACUUUUUCGACGCGUUAUGGAAAGUAGAUGAAAACACUAUUGAUGCAGUAUACGCAAAUCUUUGUGAUCUUCGCAAAAAGAAUUUGAUUUACGAUUCUCAAAUAGUAAAUGCAUUAAAUCUUAUGGCAGGAAGGUUAUAUAAGAAGAUUAAGUUAAUUUCCACAAUUGCUGAACGAUUAAUUAAUGACUUCAAAAUAGAUUAUGAUAGAAUUUACGUACAGUCAAAAAAUGAAAUCCUUUAUUCAAUCCUUAUGCACAAGAACCUAAUAAACUACAUAAUUCCACAGAAUUUACGCAUGAGAAGUCUUCAAGAUUUAUAUAAUUAUUUCCCAGUUAAUUCUUUUGAGUAUGCGAUCCUUCAUGAUGAUAUUGGUCGAUUCAAAGAUUACGCUUCAAGAAGUAAUUUCGACGUAAACAUGAAACUCAAUGAUCGAGACACUUUAUUAGAUUUUGCUGUUUCUGUAGGAGCUCUUCAGAUCUUUAAUUAUCUUUUUAACAACGGUGCUGACAUUACCGAAUAUACAGUUUGCCAAAGUUACUGCGGAGGAAACAUGGAAAUCAUAAAUUUCUUUGAGCACUCAUGCAAACCGAUUUUAAGAUCAAUAAAUAACGCUUGCAUAUACCAUAAUGAAAAACUUAUUAAGCAUUUGGCCGACAGAUACAAUUACAAAACAGAUUUUUCAAUUUGCGUACAAUAUUUUAACAUUAAUCAUUUGAUAUCAAUGAUAACAUCAUUAGAUGACAUCAACCAACAAGAUAUUAAUGGUGAAACAGUACUUUUUGCAGGUGUAAAACGAGAUUUAUUUUAUUUGAACAAAUGUUUAAUGGAGAAUGGCAUUAAUAUUGAUAUAAAGAACAAGAACAAUCUAACAGCAUUAGAUUUCAUUGCUAUUUGUCCCAAUUCUCUUAGUUUAUUCGUUGAUAAAAUUCCAUUUAAUAAUCUCUUCGAUGUAGAGAUUCUUAAGAACAUAAUUGAGUUCGACAAUGUUGAAUUACUCAAACUACUUGUUGAAAAAGGCUGUAAACUUGAUAAUUCCUUAGUUUUGACUGCUGCUUUGAGUGGAUCUUACGAAAUAAUGAAGAUUCUGCUUGAAAACCAUUGCGAUGUUAAUUAUCCUGUCAAUGAUACCUAUCCAAUUUGCGCAAUCCCUGAUGAUCCCGAAUUAUUAAAAUUAAUGAUAAAAUAUGGGGCAGAUGUCAACUUAAAGUCAGCCAAAUUCUCUCCCAUAUCCACACAUAUGAUCUACAGCCAUUAUAAAGUGGUAAAUAUCCUUGCAGACUACAUUGACGACGCAAAUCAAGUAAAUUCUCUUGGAAUUUCACUUUUAAUGGACGCUGUCACAGUUUCCACCGAACUAGUCAACAAACUAUUGAAGAUGGGUGCGGAUGUACACUACAAGAACACGAAAAUGCAAGGUUUCACUGCAAUUCACGUUUGCGCAAUGUCAGAACAGCAAAAUACUGAGAUUAUGGACAUUUUGAUCGACCACGGACUAUCCGUGAAUGAAAGGGAUAGCGAGGGCAACACUCCUUUCCAUUAUAGUGUUGCUUUUGGCAAAUUAAAAAUGUCUCAGUAUUUAAUUGAAAAAAAUUCUGACGUAAAUGCAGUAAACAAUGCCGGACAGACGCCAUUAAACUAUAUUUGCACAGAAACAGAGGAAUAUCAGAAGAUCAUCGCUUUAGAUAAUCCGAAUAUCGUGAAAUUCCUUGUAGAGAAGAAUAAAUGCGAUAAAGAGCUUCCAGACAACAAAGGAAUGACUCCUCUGAUGAAUUGCGCAAACACAAACAGAUUGGAAUCGUUCAAAGUUCUUUUGGAAAAUAAAUGUGACGUUGAAAAAUUUUCAAAAGAUGAUGAAACGGUUUUAAUGAUUUGUUCAAGGUUAAACAACAUUGAUUUCAUCAAUAUUAUGAAAGACAUGAAAGUUCUUAACCUAAACACACAGAAUACUAAAGGACAGACAUGUCUUCACAUCAGUUGUAUCAAUAAUCAUCAGCAAACAAUUAUGAAAUUGAUACAACUUGGAGCUGAUUUUAAUUUGGUAGAUUCGAAUGGACAGAGUUUGUUCCACCUCGCAUGCUAUUACAAUAUGAAAGAGAUUGUUUCUUAUCUGAUAAAGAAUGGUGCUUUGUUUAAUGUGCGUGAUAAAAAUAACAAAUCUCCAUUUUUAAUCGCUUUGGAAAGAAACAACAAAGAAAUUUGCAUGCAGUUAAUAAAAACAAACAAAUGCGUGUUCUAUGACAUUGAUUUGUUGGCUGUGUUUAAGAAGCCUAACCAGGUAAUGAUUAAGGCAUUACAUACUUAUUAUAGAAAAGAAAUGGAAAUAAUUGUUCACAAAAUAUUAUUUGAAUAA